UCAGUCAGUAGGGGACGAACCGAGCCGCGCGCGCGGCCCCGGCAGAGUUACCGCGGCGCCCGUGCACUUCACCUUCACCUUCACCAUGGAUUCCGGGCUUGCCUUGCCCUUGCCCUCGCCGCGCCUUAACUCCCCCAACCGCAAUCUCAAGCAUGGCAGCGGUGAAUGAGCCUUUAAGGAGCCACCAUUACUGGACCUGUCCCGUUGCGGAAACGGACGGCAGCGCCUCGUGCCGGUGUCUCUCGCCCCUCGCCUAGCCGCCCGGCUGCAUAGCCUAGACUUCACUCGAGGAGUGAGUGGACGUCAGUGGGUCGACCUAGCCAGCUAGUGAGUGUGUGCGGUGUGCCACUGCUUUGCGGCGCUGCGGCUCUCGCGCGGUUCCAUGGCGAUCUCCCGGCUCUCCGUGCUCGUCGCCGCCCUGGCCUGCUGCUGCCUGGCGCGGCCCGCCCAAUGCGGCGGCGGCGGCGGUGGUCAGAACUACACGUCGAUGUUCAGCUUCGGCGACUCCCUGACCGACACCGGCAACCUGCUCGUGUCCAGCCCGCUCUCCUUCAACAUCGUCGGCCACUUCCCCUACGGCAUGACCUACUUCCACCGCCCCACGGGACGCUGCUCCGACGGCCGCCUCGUCGUCGACUUCCUCGCGCAAGCGUUCGGGCUGCCGCUGCUGCAGCCGUACCUGUCGCGCGGGAAGGACGUCCGGCAGGGCGUCAACUUCGCUGUGGGCGGCGCCACGGCCAUGGAUCCGCCCUUCUUCGAGGGGAUCGGGGCGUCCGACAAGCUCUGGACGAACCUGUCGCUCAGCGUGCAGCUCGACUGGUUCGAGAAGCUCAAGCCUUUACUCUGCAGCUCACCCAAAAAUUGCAAGAAGUAUUUCAGCAGGUCGCUCUUCCUCGUGGGGGAGAUUGGGGGGAACGACUACAACUACGCCUUCUUCAAGGGCAAGACCCUGGACGACGCCAAAUCCUACGUCCCCACCGUCUCCUCCGCCAUCAUCGACGCAACCGAGAGGCUGAUCAAGGGCGGCGCGAUGCACCUGGUGGUGCCGGGGAACCUGCCGAUGGGCUGCUCGUCGGCGUACCUGACCCUGCACCCCGGCAGGAGCAGGGGCGACUACGACGCCGUCGGCUGCCUGAAAACGUACAACGACUUCGCGCAGCGCCACAACGCCAUGGUCCAGCAGAAGCUGCAGGUGCUCCGGCUCAAGUACCCCGAGGCCCGGAUCAUGUACGCCGACUACUACGGCGCGGCCAUGGCCUUCGCCAAGAACCCCAAGCAGUUCGGGUUCAAGCAGGGGCCGCUGAAGACGUGCUGCGGCGGCGGGGGGCCGUACAACUUCAACCCCAAGGCGAGCUGCGGCGUGCGGGGAUCCAGCGUGUGCGCCGACCCGUCGGCGUACGCCAACUGGGACGGCGUCCACCUGACGGAGGCCGCCUACCACGCCAUCGCCGACAGCAUCCUCCACGGCCCCUACACCAGCCCCAGGCUGCUCUGACCCUCGGCCUGCCUGCCUCUAGUGUUCUUGCUUGUUAAGCUAGUAAUCGUGACUGAUCUGUGUAAUGGAUAUGUGUGAUGAACUGGACAGAAGGUAGAUCGGGGUGGAAGUGAUGUACCGCCUGCUACUAUAUGAAUGACUGUGCUUUUCGGUGGCUAA